AUUCAUAUAAAUAAGCUGCUCUCAAAUAGAAGUACUACAUUCGAAGCAUCGAAUAAGACGUGUAAAAGACACUAUCAUGAAGAUCUUUUUAAUAGCGGGCUACUUAGUUACCUUGGCACUUCAGGCUCGACUUCAGGACUUAAAGGCAUGCCCAUUGACUUGUGAGGAAAUCGGAUGUUUAGAUGAAAACGAAAAGCCUGGUCAAAUUAUCAAUGCCAAUGGCUGCUUGAUUUGGACAUGCAUACCGAAUCAGCCGUUAUGUUGUCCGCAAACAUCAAAGGAAAAUGUUACGUGCAAAGCGGAGUCAGAGCCUAGCUUCACACUGGAUCUAAAAACUGGCUGCAAUGUAUGGACCUGCACACCAAAACAGCCAAAUUGUUGUCCACGAACAUAUCCAACACGUGGAUGUAAACCAGGCUUUUACAAUUUCCAAGUGUACGAUCAGAAAACUGGAUGUUUGUAUUGGACAUGUGUACCAGGAUGUGAAGUUCCACCACCGGCAGCUGUUUGUCCUAAUGGUACUAAAGUUGGUCACGUGUACCAGCCUUUCGAUAAAUGUUUGAAUUGGGCUUGUGUUCCGAAUGAGCCAACAUGUUGCCGACAAACUUCGCCGGAUGCAAUUAAAUGCACAGCUGAUUCGGAGCCUGGUUUAUUGACGGAUCCUGGCACUGGCUGCAAAUAUUGGCAGUGUGUACCAAAGCAGCCGUACUGCUGUAAAUCGACAUAUCCCGUAGAAAGUUGUGUGAGCCCCAUGGAAAAUCUCAAAGUAUACGACCAAAAAACUGGGUGUUAUGUUUGGGAAUGUAGGCCAGAAAAACGCCAUUGGAUUUGUGGAUUUCCAUCGAGUAAACUAUCCUUAGCUUAAUAUCGACGCUGACACAUUUUGGUAUU